AUCUAGACAGCAGUAUCACAAAAUCCUCCUCAACAAUCCUGAUCACGCUCAACAGUCUUAAACAAAGACGUUAUCAUUCAACAUGAGAGCCCUCAUUUUGCUGGCAUUAGUCAUUGGGGUGGCCUACUGCGCUCCGCAAUUGAUGUAUUAUGAGCUAGAGUACAAACCUGUCCCGGCUUCACAGGCCCUUCCUGCGGCCGCUGCUGCAGCUAGACCUUCAGAGGUCGAGAUUCUUUUGGCAGCUCAGCAGGCUGCAGCUGGAGUUCCUGGUCAACCUGUCCGCGGCUUCAUUAAGCAUGAGAUUCCCCAGCCCCCAGGCAAAGAAAGUGUUGAAGUUCUCUACCCAUUCAGCUUUCCUCAACCUGCUCCUGCUGCCCCUGCUGUUCCCGCUGUUCCUGCUGUUCCCGCUGUUCCCGCUGUUCCUGCUGCCCCAGCACCUGCUCCAAAGGACGAUGAUGAUGAUGAUCAUGAUGACUAAACCAGAUUGAUGAACAGAUAAGCUGACCACCAAGUCCUGAACCUCAAAGAAGCUGCUUGUAGUGUUUAGCAAAUCGACUGCGUAAAUGCUUUCCUGCAUAAGAAAUAAUGAUUAAUCAAACGGUGCUUUUUCAGUGGCUUGAUGCAUGAGAGCCAUAAAAAUCAUAGCUUUUUGCAGCCAUGUUUUUAAAUCUUGAUUUAUAAUAAACCAUACAAUCAA